CAAGUCAAUAUCAUGAUUGUCAAACAGUGUCAAACAAACAAAACAUAUUUUUAUUGAAAACAAAAAUGAUCUUCGGAAAUAAAUUACUGUAGUUAAAAAUAUUUCUAUUAAUUUAUAGUUAUUACAGUGCCAGUCUUAUAGAGCUUUUAUGAAUACAUAGCUAAUAAUAUAACUAAUAAAACGACGGUUCCCAUUCCCUUACAAGUCCUUCAAAUGGACUUACAUUGGAAAAUAAAAGAAGUAUAAAAUAAAGUUCUCCUGUUUUUAGCGUUGAAAACCUUAUAUUUUUCUUAUGUGUAGACCUAUUACAUUUAAUUAUCGCGCUAUUUAAUACUUCAAUGUUAAAAUCUUGAAUGGGAAGUUUCGUCUAACCUCAAAGUUACACGUUUUGGAUAAGCACCUACUUUGAAUUAAUUUUGGAUUCACAAUGGUGAAAGCUGCAAGUUUGGAAACUGUUAAAAAUACACAAAAUUUACAAACAACUUCAUCACUAGUUACGAAGAAAAGAAGAUACAAAAAGAAAAAAGUUAACAGUUCAGUAAUCAAAGAUUUGAAAGCUGAAAAUGAGACAAACUUGGAACCAAAUCUCAAAGACACAGAAAACCAAGGAGAUGUGGACAAUGACAUCGGCUUACGGUACCCCAUCCUGAAGGACGAGCAGCUCGUGAAGAGGUUCCUAGAUGUGCCUAUGAACAAUAACCAAAAAGGACGUUUGCGUUUAGAAAUCAGAGACAAAUUGAAAGGUACUUCAGAUAUCAUUCUUCCGGACGUGAUAUACAACAGAAUUCAAACCAUACUGAAAGGCUCCACCAACUUGACGGACACCGAGCUGAGAAAGAUAAGGAUUCUGUACAACAUGUUGACCACAGCUUUGAAAACAGAUACUUCAAAGGAGAGUACAAAGAAAAAAAGUGAAAAGAAGAAAUCAAUUACAAAAAUAGAGAAUAAAAAGGAAAUUGUGAAAAAAGAUAAUGAAAAGAAGCCGCAGAUUAGUGAGAAGGUGAAAGGAAAGAAGCGAUAUGUAGUGUUCCUUGGGAAUUUACCACUGAACAUUGAUAAGGAGAAGAUAUUGGGCCAUUUCGCUGAGCUCGGCGAUCAAGUGAUUGACGUCCGCAUUCCUAAACUCAAGGAGGAGAGGAAGAGCGCCAUUGCUUAUAUGGAGCUCACCAAUGAACCAACUUUUGAGCUGGCGCUGUCUAAGCACCACUCGAUGCUGGGGACGAGGAGGAUUAAUGUGCUCUACACGACUCAGAAAAACGGGAAAAUCACAAAAGGCGAAGCAAAAAGUAAAUCGGCGAAGAUGAUAGCCCUGCAGAAGUCCGGCAAGCUGCUGGGCAGCAUCCCGGCCAACAGGAAGCGCAGCCACCGCCGCAUGAAGAUGAAGCAAGCUCUGGCCAAGCAACAGAAGAUGGAGAAUGCAUAGAUUUUUGUUUAGUAAAUUGUUUAAAAAUUUUUGAAACAAUUAUUAAAGUGUUGGAAUUUA